AUGAAACUUCUCUCCACCACCACCACCCUCACCAUCCUCAACACCGCCAUCUUCGCUUCCUCAGCCAUGGCCACCACCACCACCUCCUCCUCUCCCGCAGCCCCACUAGAGCAACAACAACAACACCAGCACCACCGCCGUAGUAGCAACAGCAACAACAGCAACAGCCACUACCCCGUCCGCCCCAUCUACCAAUUCCCCAACAACGCCACCUGGAUCGAAAACGUCGCCGUCCGACCCAACGGCAACCUGCUCGUCACGCUGCUCUCCCCAGCAGCCGAGCUGCACGAAAUCGUGCCGCCGGCGUCGCCAUCAACACUCAACACGACAACAAAUCGGCUGGUGCACCGCUUCGACGGCUACCAAGGCCUCCUCGGCAUCGCGGAGACGGCGCCCGACGUCUUCGCCGUCGUUGCCGGCAACUACUCGACCGGUAGCGGUAGCACGCCCGCGUGGGCGCUGUGGGAGGUGGACUUUAGCAGCGCUGGGGAUGUGGGGACGGAUGCGGAGGCGACGGCGGCGGUGACCGUCAGCAGCCUCGUCCCCAGCGUCGCGAACGCGUCGGUCUUGAACGGGCUGACGACGCUCCGCCAGUCUUCCUCUUCCUCUUCCUCUUCCUCCUCCUCCGACACGGACACCGAGCGCCAGCAGCUCUUCGUGUCCGACAGCGCCGCCGGGCGCAUCCUCCGCACUACCAUCGCCGGCAGCGGCGGCGGUAACCUCUCCUCCUCCUCCUACUCCUCUUCUUCUCCUCCAAGCAGCGCCGCAACCUCCGUCGCCAUCACCACCUUCCUCUCCGACGACCACACCACCCCUCCGCCCAACAACUCCACCUCCUCUUCCACCACCACCACCAGCGUCAACGGCGUCCGCUACCGUCCCGAAGACGGGUACUUGUACUUCACCAACACGGCCCGCGAGCUCUUCUGCCGGGUGCGCGUCGACAUCGAUGACGACGACGAAAACGACGACGAUGGCUCUGACGCAACGACGACGACGACCGCCGGGGCGGAAGAGGUCGAGGUCGAGGUCUUGGCGGAGGGGUUGUUCAAGGGGGAUGAUUUCGCGGUGAGGUGGGAGGAGCGGGAGGGGGGUGUGGUGGCGUAUGUGGCGGAUGGGGUUGAUGGCGGGGUGGCGAGGGUGGUGGUGGUUGGUGGUGGGGAUGGGGGUGCGGCGAAGGAGAAGGAGACGCUGGCGGUGGGGGAGAGGCCGACGUCGGUGGGGUUUGGGAGGAGGGUGGGGGCGGAUGGGGAUGUGGAUGUGGAUGUGGAUGUGUUGUAUGUGGUGACGAGGGAUGGGAAGGUGUUGGCUGUGGAUGUGGGUGGUUCUUGA